AUGGCCGACGAAGCCAGACAGACUCUGCAACACGAUCACUCAAAUUGGAGCCAAGGCUCGCGCCUUCGCACCAUGCCUAUUGUGUUCCACACCGCUGGUCUCACCGAACCGCUCAAUCAAACCCCGUCAACGGAAAUCCCAUAUUCAAACACAUAUGACCCGCGACAAAACCUCACUCACAAGCAGGUCGUCCCCACCCCCAGCAACGGUGGACGCGAUGGCGAAGUCAAGACGGGGCUGGAGGAGUUCAAUAUGUCCUCACAGGAUCCGGUGAACACAGAGAAGACGUCCCAACACAUCCUAUUCUACUACGAUAUUGCUCGAUCAAACCACUGCCAGACCCAAGACAAGUUGUCUAUUGACAUCCCACAGCGGGAGCUAACGACAGACGACUCGUCUAGCGAUGAAAUCAUCUUGUUCCGAGGCCGCAACAAAAACACACGGAAAUCCCCACCCAGGGAGAUGGACUUUGUUCAUUCGCGUCACAGCCCAACCUUGAGCGACCAAGAGAGCCCAGACCAACUGAACGAGCCCGAAGGCGCCCCGGUGCUGGACCUGGGAGACAUGCACAUAGAUGUUAAGCUGAAGCAACGUGGUCGUGCUAGGCUUUGCACUCCUCAUGGCCAUGGCGGCUGUGUCAGAAGGCGACGUAAUUCUGACGACGACGCAAUGCUUGCUGACUACAUCUCCAACCUGCAAGAGCACGGCGAGCUUGGCGAAGUCAUGCAGCAAAAUAACCACAACCGGCGAGAACUAGGCAACCCCGAAACCGACGUGAAUGACCACGCUCCACCCAAUGCAGAGGAGCCCAAGAGAAGCUACUUUGACGCAUCCACGCCAUCAGGGGGCUGCCCCCCCCAAAGCGACGAUGCUAGAUGUGAUAUAUUAAGAGCAACCACCUUUCCCUUCGUGGGCCCAGCGGAUCGCCGCGAGAGGGAAGUCCACGACAAAGUCCAGGACCAGACUGUGGCAAUAUUACCAGCCGGCCGAAGAAUAGGCCACAACUCCAGCAUGAGCAAUGUCGACGCGGGUUCACAUGAUUCUGCUAGCUCUCUGACAGCGAUGAACGAAGCCCCAAGGCCUCGGGUUUGCAACGAAUUCGACCUGAUGGACUGGGACAGGCCAAGUUUACGCCGCAAGAAGGGUGGCGGGCAUAAGGCGACGAGGUGCUUCAACGACGUCGAGUCAGAUUUAGAGGAGCACUUACAUGUCGCUUGGAAGAGCGACAGGCUCAGGAAGAAAGAGCGGAAAAAGCAGCGUGAAGCAUUGCACACCCUCGGGUUGAUUGGAAAAAAAAACAAGUCACAUAACCUCGGAGCCAAGUAUCCAUCUGGCAUGACGAUGCAGGAAGUAGCAGAAGAACUGAAGUCCUUUCUCAUAGGCUCUGAACCGAGGUGA